AUGCGUAAUACCUCUACUCACCCUACCAUCAGGCCUCCACUCACCCUACCAUCAGGCCUCCACUCACCCUACCAUCAGACCUCAACUCACCCUACCAUCAGACCUCCCCUCACCCUACCAUCAGACCUCUACUCACCCUACCAUCAGGCCUUUACUCACCCUACCAUCAGACCUUUACUCACCCUACCAUCAGACCUCACCUUACCAUCAGGCCUCUACUCACCCUACCAUCAGGCCUCCACUCACCCUACCAUCAGACCUUUACUCACCCUACCAUCAGACCUCUACUCACCCUACCAUCAGGCCUUUACUCACCCUACCAUCAGACCUCUACUCACCCUACCAUCAGACCUCUACUCACCCUACCAUCAGGCCUCCACUCACCCUACCAUCAGACCUUUACUCACCCUACCAUCAGACCUAUACUCACCCUACCAUCAGACCUCUACUCACCCUACCAUCAGACCUCACCCUACCAUCAGACCUCACCCUACCAUCAGACCUCUACUCACCCUACCAACAGACCUAUACUCACCCUACCAACAGACCUCUACUCACCCUACCAUCAGACCUCUACUCACCCUACUAUCAGACCUCUACUCACCCUACCAUCAGACCUCCACUCACCCUACCAUCAGACCUUCACUCACCCUACCAAAAGACCUCUACUCACCCUACCAUCAGACCUCUACUCACCCUACCAUCAGAACUCCACUCACCCUACCCUCAGACCUCUACUCACCCUACCAUUAG